UAUGUGGCUACCAAUAUUCUAACGAAGGCGGUGUUUUGGCCGUACGGUGACGUUUUAAGGCAGGUCCUGGUCAAACCUACCAAUGAGACGAGUCGGCUCUAUUCUGCUGGGACUGAUCGCAAUGAACGGGUGUCCGAGCUAUACAAGGCAAAGGAGCAUCCACAGUAAGACGCGGCUAUUAAGGGGAUGAGGCAUCGAUACGCGGGAGCUGUCUAUCAGCACCAAAUCCCCGACGAAGAGCGAGGCAGCGUGCAGAGCCAAGACCCAAACCCAGUCGCUCCAGUUUUCAGUCUGCCGCCCCCUCCUCCGUCUUUCAGAGAGCGUUCGACUACCACCUCGCACUACCUGAACCACCACCAACUGCCUUGUCUGAGCAAGCCCUCUCGAAGAGGUAUCCAUGCCUGUCAGCCGCAGCACGGCGACCCCCCGCCUCUAACAAGCUACGACAUCGCCCAGCGACCUUCACACCGGGUCUGUGAACCCGCAGGGCAGCCAGCGCACCUACAGCAGAAGCUUUGGGCCGCAGCCGGUUCCCAUCCGCAGUCGGAGCAGCCUUUUUUUCAGAGCUGCCACUGCAAUUUUUCCGAGGAGGCGAGCCUUUCUCACCAGCGCCAGCGCCAGCCCCUCACUCACCCGCCGCAGCCCUCCCCAUCUUUGCCGCCGUCGUCCUCUCUGCUGUUUUUGCAGGAAUCUAAUCACGGGGAUAAUUUGCAAAGCAGUGACAAUUAUCAACAGGCGAGCAACGUGGAACGCUACCGGGGAGGUGGAGGAGGAGGGCACCGAGACCAGAAGCAGUUGUUGCAGCAACAGCAGCAGCAGCACAGCAGACUCCAACACAGGGACCCCUCCCCUGAAACAACCCGAGCAAACUCACAGAAGGGGCGCACUAUAAAUGUAUGUGAGUCAAUCGAGGCUAAUCGGCGAGCAUUCGAGUCCCAGACUCAGGACCUGCAACAGCUACAGCAACUCCCACAAUUGCGAGCUCAACAACAGCUACUGGUGGGGAGCAGCUUCCCUGUCUACUACUGCGCCAACGGUUCAGGAGAGCUCUGUCGGAAUAACCAGGCAACACUGCUGCAACAGCAUCAGCAAGACGCACAGGGGCGUCCGCAGCACUGUGACCAAGACCGCAAUAAGCCAGGGAGGACAAACCAAGCCAACCAGCCACAGCACCCCAACCAGCCACAGCACCCCAACCAGCCGCAGCAAAUUUGCCGCGACUCUCGUGUAAACUCACCAACGCAGCCGUACGGAGGGAGCUCGUCUGCGACUGGCAGUAGCAGCAAGAGCAGCCCUAACUACGGCUCCAGCUAUCACCUGUGGCCCGAGAGCCCGCAUAAGGGAGAAGAGAGGAUACUCAUCGAUCAUCAUCAGGCAACCACUGAGCAAAAGAAGCUGAGCCAUGCUGGAUCCUCCCUCUCCGAGAGCAGCGGCCGACUCCCACAGAUAGCCAUGAACACCUGCAAGCACAAUGGCGGCGUAGUGAGACCACUGGGCAGCCUGGCGUCGUCGCGGCGCAACCUAGCAGAGCUCGACUCCGAAACACAGCCCCUCCAGACGCUGCACAGUUCUGGCCUGGAGGUGGUUGUUUCCAAGGGAAACAGUGAGGACCCCGGCAAGGCGUCCAACGAGAGCCUGGUCAGGGACGGGAACGGUGCUCCUGUGAAGAAGAACAAAGACAUCGGCUAUAGACUCGGCCACCGGAGGGCGCUCUUUGAGAAGCGAAAGAGACUCAGUGACUACGCCCUCAUCUUCGGGAUGUUUGGGAUUGUCGUCAUGGUGACGGAGACGGAACUGUCCUGGGGAGUUUACGGCAAGGAAUCUUCGUACUCAUUUGCACUGAAAUGCCUUAUCAGCCUUUCCACUGUUAUAUUGCUUGGUCUUAUAAUAAUGUACCAUGCCCGGGAAAUCCAGCUGUUCAUGGUGGACAAUGGGGCGGACGACUGGAGGAUAGCCAUGACGUACGAGCGCAUCUUCUUCAUCGUGCUGGAGCUGCUGGUGUGCGCCAUCCACCCCAUCCCGGGCCAUUACCGCUUCACGUGGACGGCGCGGAUCGCCUUCACCUACACGCCGUCGACGGCCAACGCCGACGUGGACAUCAUCCUCUCCAUUCCCAUGUUCCUGCGCCUCUACCUGAUCGGCCGCGUCAUGCUGCUGCACAGCAAGCUCUUCACGGACGCCUCGUCGCGCAGCAUCGGCGCCCUCAACAAGAUCAACUUCAAUACGCGCUUCGUCAUGAAGACCCUCAUGACCAUCUGCCCCGGCACCGUGCUGCUUGUCUUCAGCAUCUCCUCCUGGAUCAUUGCCGCCUGGACGGUGCGCGUCUGCGAGAGGUAUCAUGACACACAGGAAGUGACCAGUAACUUCCUGGGAGCCAUGUGGCUCAUCUCUAUUACCUUCCUCUCCAUUGGCUACGGAGACAUGGUACCUAACACGUACUGUGGGAAAGGCGUAUGUCUGCUUACAGGGAUCAUGGGAGCGGGCUGCACUGCGCUGGUGGUCGCCGUGGUAGCCAGGAAGUUGGAGUUGACCAAGGCUGAGAAGCAUGUCCACAACUUCAUGAUGGACACACAACUCUGCAAACGAGUAAAGAACACAGCUGCCAAUGUACUCAGGGAAACAUGGCUCAUCUACAAACACACUAAGCUGGUCAAGAAGAUAGAUCACGCUAAGGUGCGCAAACACCAGCGGAAGUUUCUACAGGCCAUCCAUCAUGAGAAGUGUAAUGGUUCACUUGUUUCGUGGAUGUUGUGGGGUUUAAAACUUUGUAUUGUGUUCUGUCUUUGUUUUGCUCUAUCACUGCAGAGCUCAGAAACUACGCAGUGUAAAGAUGGAGCAGAGGAAACUCAACGAUCAGGCCAACACGCUAGUGGACCUGGCGAAGACCCAGAACGUGAUGUACGACCUGGUGUCAGAGCUGCAGGAGCGCAGCGAGGAGCUAGACAAGCGCAUCGGCAUGCUGGAGGACAAGCUGGACUCGGUGACGGGCAGCCUACAGGCGCUGCCCUGCCUCAUCUCCCAAGCCAUAACCCAGCAGCAGCAGGAAUUUCUAGACGGUUUCCUGCACCGCUUCCGGCCUGCCUCGCUGGGCUCAGAGCGCUCCGAACGCUCAGAGCGCUCUUGGACCUCCACCGCCCGCCGACGCCGCUCGCCCUCCACGGCGCCACACACCUCCUCUGACAGCGGCUAGCCCUUGAACCUGCCCUAAACCGCACCACCCCCGACUACAACUUCUCCUUUGGAGCCCCAUAGCGUUCCCCUAACCCCCCUAAACCCCCUCUGCCUUCGCAUCCAAAAACAAACACCGCUGUGACUGAACUCCCAGGGCAGGACUGAACUGGAAACUGCUCCAAUGCGAAUGAGCGAAAACUUCGACACAUCCUCUAAACAACAACCUAAAUGACUUAAACCGAGACAAGUAGAGAUAUGGUUUAUUUUUUAGCCAUUGUAUGGCUGUUCAAGUUAGCUUUUUUUGUAAAAGCCCUUAUAUAGUUAAACUGACUGAGUUCAGGUUUGCUGGGGUGAGAGCUGGCUAUCACACCUGGGUGGCGUGGGGUGGGGGGUGGGGGUGGGGGGGGGGGGGGGGGGGGGGGGGCUGCCUGGAGGACAGAGGACACCUGCGUCUGCACGGAGGGAAACUUAAAAACGGUGGACAUUUGCCUUUGUUUUCCCCGUAAGUCAAGGUGGCGGUUUAAGAGGGCCUCUGAAAGCUCUGACGUCAGUUCAGUAUUGAAACGCACUUAAAGGGAGGGGGAGGGGAGGGGGGUCAUACAAAAGGAGAGCAAGGGGAAUGCACAUGACAUUACUACUGAGUAGGAAAAUUUACACGAAUGCCAAUUUCAAAGUUUCAGUUUCCUUGUUCUUACCAAGGGAAAGUUGAGUGUGACUAUCUUUUUUAGUUACAUAUUGACAUGAUUUUUCAGUGCCUGAAUGUACAAAUAGUAGAGGGUUAUUUAAUUACUAAUUUCAGAGCAAGUUUUUUUAAUGAUGUUAACACUCUGAAUACAAGCAUUGCAUUCCUUUUUCAGAUACAUUCCUCUUCAAAAACUCAAAGAAAUUGUCUUAAUGUAAUGCAUAACAUUGCCUCCAUUACACAAUAUCUCUAAAUGUUUUGAAAACUUUUUUCCCUCUUUUUCUACUUAUACUAACCACUAAAAUCUGAGUAGGUCAGAGAGAAAGACGAGUGAGAAUGUGUCUGAGAGAGAGAGUUCACUUCAAGCUCGAUGCUGUGCACUCAUGCUCACACAAAACUAUGAAAUGUAGUCUACCUUUUCCAUCACUACAAAUCAGAGCUUCCACAGGUCUUCAGACAAUGGCAUGGCUUGAAGUCUGCUGGUAAAUAGCGACAGGCACACUACACUGACCGAACUGAGAAACCAACCCCACCCCUUGCAUGGUUCUGUGCAAAAAUGACGAUGGAGCAAAACCUUUUGGAUGGCUUGAAAAUUUACAUUUAGAUUUUAUGCUACUUUAGUUGUAUUUUUUUUUUUUUUACUGCGAUUUCUUUUUUAUUAGGAAACUAGAAUUUCUAUAGUUGUAAAUCUAGAGAGUUUCAGUAAUGUGUUACUGUAUAACAAAUGCAUUCCCUGUUUUAAAAUGAAAUAUAUAUAUAUAUAUAUAUACAGUACCAGUCAAAAGUUUGGACACACCUACUCAUUGCAGGGUUUUUCUUGAUUUUUACUAUUUUCUACAUUGUAGAAUAAUAGUGAA